UUCUUCUCUUGCCACAGAGCCUCAAGCCUAAAAAGGAAGGAGGGAGACUUGUUGGAUUCUUGGAAAGAACAAUUUCUACUCUUUACUCUUCACAGCACGGUCGCUCUCUCUCUUUCACUCUCUUACACAUUAUCUUUCUUUUUCUUUUCUCUCUUUUUAAUCUUUACAUAAACAGCUCAGUCUUCUUCUCUCUCUCUCUCUUGCUUUGCUCUGUCACUUCUGUAGCUGCUAGGUACAAACACAAACAAAAAAGACUCAUUCUCUCUUAUUAUCUCUUGAAUUUUAGUUGAAUUGUGUCUCAGAGAGUUUAAUGGCUGAGAGUGGGAAGUCCCAACCAGGCAUUUUCUGUUUUAUCUUUUCACACACUGUCUGUCUCUAUUUCCACACCACUGUCCUUUAGUUUUUACCUUUUUUUUUUUCUUUCUUGCCUAUAAUUUCAACUAGCAAUUUUUUCCCGCCUCCUCUGAAAGAUUAUCUGCAAUUGGUCAGCUUGGAAGUUACCAAAGACAAGGUUUUUUGCCUCUUCAGUGUUUGUUUUCUGGGUUUCUCUAAGAAAGUUGAAGGAACCUGGGCUUUGUGAUAUGGACUCAUCAUCAUCAUCAGGAUCAACAAAGAGGGCUCGAGCACCUGUUAAUGGAACCCAAGUCCCUUUGUGCUUGGUUGAUGGGUGUAAUUCAGACCUAAGUAAAUGCAGGGAUUAUCACCGACGCCAUAAAGUAUGUGAACUCCACUCUAAGACCCCAAAGGUUACAAUUAGGGGUCAGGAACAACGGUUCUGCCAGCAGUGCAGCAGGUUCCAUUCCCUGGGGGAGUUUGAUGAGGGAAAGCGUAGCUGCAGGAAACGUCUUGAUGGACACAACCGACGCCGUAGGAAGCCUCAACCAGAUUCUCUGUCCUUAAAUUCAGGAAGGUUUAAUUCCAGCUACCAAGGCACCAGAAUCUUAUCAUUCACUAGUCCACAAAUAUUUCCACAAGGUGCUGUAGUGAGCUCUCCUUGGACUGGGACUGUCAAAGCUGAGUCUGAUGCUGCGCUUUACAACAGCUAUUCACAGUUGAAUUAUUCUGACAGAAAAAACUCCAUUAAUCCGGGAUCUUUAUACGAUAAUUACAAAGGAGGAAAGCAGUUCCCAUUUUCACAAGGCUCUAGUUCCUCCCUCCUUGGAGCUUCUAUUAGCCAACCGCUUCUGGAUGCUAAUUUUGCAUCCAGCAAUGAUAGCCGCAGUCAGAAAGUGUUCUCUAAUGGGUUAAACCAAGUCAUAGAUUCUGACUGUGCUCUCUCUCUUCUGUCAUCAACACCAACUGAGACUCGGCAGGUUGGUUUGAGCAACAUGGUGCAGUCCAAUCCCAUCCACACGGGUCAGUCCUUAGUCCCAAGUCUGCACUACAAUGGGUUUGGAAUGGAGGUUAAAGAAAAUUCUUCUGCUUUGGGUAGCAGCAAUACCAACAUCCAUUGCCAAGGAAUGUUUUCGAUUGGGCCUCAUGAUAGUGAUGGGUCAUCUGCAACCGGGCCUAAUCAAACACUUUCCUUCUUGUGGGAGUAGUAAAGUGCCAAUUCUAGCUAGCUCCCUUUUGUGAAUUGUCACCUUCAAGCGGGCCUUUACAAAUAAAAAAAAUGUUACCGAA